AUGGAGAGUGUCGCCGUCGGGGAGUUUUAUCCGCCUCGUCGAUUACUUUCCGUGCGAAGACCACACGCCUGCGGUCUCUUGCUCUCUCUCUCUCUCGCCAGUUCUCUCUUUCCGGUUCUCUCCCUGGCUCUCAUGAUGCUACCCUCCGGAGCAACCAGCGGCGGCGGACUCCAGCGCCUGCCGACCUCGGACCCGAAGGUGCCCCUCUCCAACCUGUCGCUCCUCGGUCGGAGGAUGGAUGCCCUCCGCUGCUUCCUCGCCGAAUCACUCGACUGCCACGCCGACAUCGGCGGCCACAAGCUCCAGGAGGUGUCCUCGGAGAUCGCCUCCGUCCUCCGGCAGAUCGUCCUCAACGGCGCCGCCCUCCUCUCCCUGUCCCAGGUUGCCCCCACAGCUCAGGCUCAGGCUCAGGCUCAGGCUCAGGCUCAGGCUCAGACGGCGGCGAUCUGUCCUGCGCAGGCGGAAGGGCCGGAUCAGGCGAAAUCUCUGGGCGGCAGCGUGGAGCGGAGUGAAGAGCACAAGGACAGCAGCGCGGCGGUAGACGACCGCGAUGGUGGAGACUACGAGGUCGUGGAGAUGGACGCGGUGGAGCUGCUGGCGGACCACGUCCACUUCUGCGAGAUCUGCGGGAAGGGCUUCAAGAGGGACGCCAAUCUGAGGAUGCACAUGCGAGCCCACGGAAGCCAAUUCAAAACACUACAGGCCCUCACCAAGCCCGAGCUCCGGCGGGAGGCGAAGAAGGCGAGGAGGUUCUCCUGCCCCUUUCCCGGCUGCAACCGGAAUCGGUCCCACAGGCGAUUCCGCCCGCUCAAGUCCGCUGUCUGCGUUAAAAGCCACUUCCGGAGGAGCCACUGCCCCAAGAUCUACCCCUGCACGAGGUGCCAUAAGAAGAGCUUCUCCGUGAUGACGGAUCUCAAGAGCCACCUCAAGCACUGCGGGGAGCGCCGGUGGUGCUGUUCCUGCGGAACGAGCUUCUUCCGGAAGGACAAGCUGUUCGGGCACCUGGCGCUGUUCGAGGGCCACAUGCCGGCACUAUCAAAAAUGGGCGGGGAAGGGCAAGAGGCGGAGCUGGAGAACGGAGAGGGCGGCCCCAAUGCGAGGAUGGAUCCCGAGUUCUUCGAAGACCUGCUGCUGGACGGAUUGGAAACCGUUGAUCGGGCCGCAUGGAUGGAUUUCUAG